GAAUAAAUCCUUUUUAUGUUACUUUUACAUUAGAUUCAGGUAAGAAUUUAGGGUAUGACUAGGCCGACAAAUGGCGAACCAGCCAAUUAUUCAGGUCCAGUCCAAUCUCAACUAACCACAAUGAACUACUUCUGUGAGUCGACGAGCAAGCAGCUAAACAAAGGCGCCUAGGCAUAUAGCUGACUUGACUCAGUUGAGAGCUCUGGAAAUGGAGAUCAAAUCGAAACCAAGUGACGAGCUAUCCAGAUUCUUAGAUUCCGGCAUUUAUGAACUACCGAAUUCCAAUGCCGUCUUCAUCGACCCGGUUCGAAUACUUAACCGAUCCUACACUCGUUUUCGCGUAUCUCCUUCGUCCUAUUAUUCCCGUUUCUUUGAAUCCAAACACUCCGCUCAAGAACCUAAUCUCUCCUCCAAUCCUAAGAAGCGAAAACGAAAACCGAAGAAACAAACUCAUUCACUCAAUGAAAAAGAACAAGCCGCAGAUAAGCGUCACCAGGAGGUGAGGCCUUUAUUGUUAAAGGCGCAUGAAUCUUUACUCGUAUCAGCUGAUUUUCCAGCGAUUAUGAGCAAAAUAAGGAGUGAUUUUUGUUCUUCAACGGAGCUAAGCGGCGGUGAUGAAGAGCAUUCUUUCGUUGAGCUUGGAAGAGUUUGGCAAGCUCCUCUGUAUGAUAUAACUCUUGAUUUUAAGUUUAGUAGACUGAAAAGCGAGACUGAUAAUGGAGAAAAUGGAAUCAAUGAACGGAGAGUGCUUCCAGUUUUUAAUAAUUUAGUGGUUAACGACACGCCAGAAGAAGUGGAGGCUGAAUUUCUGAACAGGCGUUAUGUAUUACCCAGCAUGAGUCGUUUCUACAUGUCGGAUUUGGGGCAGAUUCGCAAUAUAAUACCCGCUGAAUCUGAUAGUGGUUUCAACCUUAUAGUUAUUGAUCCUCCAUGGGAAAACGGAAGUGCUCGUCAGAAAUCAGUGUACCCAACAUUACCAAACCGGUAUUUCUUAUCCCUUCCAAUUAAGCAACUUACACACAGAGGGGGUGCACUUGUGGCCUUAUGGGUGACAAAUAGAGAGAAAUUGCGUACCUUCAUUGAGAAAGAGCUAUUCCCUGCAUGGGGAGUUAGAUAUGUGUCUACUUUUUACUGGUUGAAGGUGAAAGGGGACGGUUCAUUGAUCAGUGAUCUUGACCUCUUUCAUCAUCGGCCAUAUGAAUGUCUUCUCCUGGGAUACUGUCAAGGAAAAGAAAUGGAUUCAAAUUGCCCUUCAGUAUUUAGGUCGAUAAAAGAUGAACAUAUUAUCAUAAGCAUUCCUGGAGGUUACUCGAGGAAACCCCUAAUUGGAGAAUUACUGUUGGACCAUGUUCCUGGAGUUAAACCUGCUCGAUGUAUUGAACUCUUUGCUAGAGAAAUGUUAGGUGGGUGGGUUUCUUGGGGAAAUGAACCACUUCACUUUCAGGACUCGAGAUAUUUUGAGACAGUGAAUACAUAGAUUUUCCAGGGGAAUGCCAUCUUGUUGGAAACUACAAACUAAGGUCACCUGGCAUAUAGAUUGCUUUGGUUCUAAUGUCAAAUCCCAAAGCUCACUAUUCUAGCUUGGAUGGCUGUUAUUAACAGGUUGGCAGAUACAAUGAGCAAAUGGAGCCUUUCAAUUGAAGACAGAAGCUAUUUCGGAGGCAUGUUGGCGAUUGGGACACUGAAUUUAAUUGGGCCUUGUAAAAGGUUGAGGGGCAGAUAGUGAUUGCUCUCCUCUCCAGUUUGCUUUGAGUUGGACUGCUAUGAUUUACUAUGUUAGGCAAGAAAGGAACAGCAGAUUCCUUGGGCUUCUGUAUCUAGUACACAAAAUUUUAAAGAAUAGCCGGUGAUAUUCCAGGACGGUUACACGGAAUUAGAAGCAUUGCCGAUGAUCCUAAUUGUCUUCACUAUGGCAAGGUAACUAAAUCAGCUCCUUUUGGUGGUAGACCCGGUAUCCAUUUUGCAUCUUCGAGUCUCGUGUGAAUUUAUGGCCAUGGACAUUGAGAUUUUGUCCUCCUCCGUUUAUGUGAUGCAAUUAGUUCUUGUUUUUCUUCAGUGGGAAAGAGCAUUCCAAGCUUGUUUGAUAUCGUCCUUUGUCUGCAAGGUGAGCUUUGUAGAACAUUUGUUAGUUCUCAUCAUAAAAAAAAAAAAGGCUGAUGAUGCAUAAUUAUAAAAUAGGAAUGCAUGGAAGUUGAAACUAUACUAAGAUGUAGAUACCUUAUUCCGGGGCAUAAUUAUGAUAAGCAUAUGCUACUGAUAUUCAAGUGUUGGAUAUAAGCAUGAUGUCUAACACGUGUAAAUUUAGUUUUUGAAUUAAUUGCAUUAGAUAUUCUCAAA